CUCUGUUCUCUGUGUCUCUCCUGAAGGGAUGGAGAACUCAUCGGUGGCAUCGGCCUCCUCGGAGGCAGGGAGCAGCCGCUCUCAGGAGAUCGAGGAGCUGGAGCGUUUCAUCGACAGCUACGUCCUGGAGUACCAGGUCCAGGGGCUGCUGACGGAUAAAACGGAGGGGGACGGCGAGAGUGAGAAGACACAGUCCCACAUCUCACAGUGGACGGCGGAUUGUAGCGAGCAGCUUGAUGGCAGCUGUUCCCCAUCCCGAGGGAAGGUCCCUCCCUCCUAGAAUGGCAACAAGGAGAGCUCCCUUGACAUGCUGGGCACGGACAUCUGGGCUGCCAACACCUUCGACUCCUUCAGUGGUGCGACGUGGGACUUGCAACCUGAAAAACUAGAUUUCACCCAAUUUCACAGGAAGCUGCGAAACACCUCCAAACACCCGCUGCCUCACAUAGACCGAGAAGGGCUUGGAAAAGGGAAAUACGAGGACGGUGACGGCAUCAACUUGAACGACAUAGAGAAAGUCCUUCCAGUGUGGCAGGGUUACCAUCCGUUGCCUCAUGAAGCUGAAAUCGCACACACCAAAAAACUGUUCAGAAGGAGAAGAAACGACCGGAGGCGACAGCAGAGACUUCCUGGUGGGAACAAGUCUCAGCAGCACACAGAUCAUCAACAAGGUGGCACCAAACACAACAGGGACCACCAGAAACUCUACCAAGGAGGCCAGGCCCCUCACUCCUCAGGCAGGACGGGCCACCACGGCUAUAGCCAGAACCGGAGAUGGCACCAUAACCAGAAGCACUCACCCAACGACAAAGAAACGCACAGAAAUGCCAAAGAGACUGAGAACUUGAAAAUCGAGGACACCUCCGUCUGCACGGUGCAUAUUCCUGUGGAGACCCACCGGGGCCCGGAGGCUGUAGAGAAGCAGUCUCAGCAGUACAUCCAAGAGUCAGAGACCAAGCGGAAAGACAGUAUUCAUGAGCGCAUUGGGGAAAGACCCAAGAUCAAUUUGCUUCAGUCUUCCAAAGACAGGCUGCGGAGGAGACUAAAAGAAAAGGACGAAGUCACGGUGGAAACCACCAAUCCUGAAAAGAACAAAAUGGACAAAUUAAUUGAAAUCCUCAACAGCAUGAGGAACAACAGUAGUGACGUUGACUCCAAGCUCACCACCUUCAUGGAGGAGGCCCAGAACUCUACCAACUCUGAGGAGAUGCUGGGGGAGAUAGUCAAGACCAUUUACCAGAAAGCGGUGACAGACCGCAGCUUUGCUUCCACGGCAGCCAAGCUCUGUGACAAAAUGGCCCUCUUCAUGGUGGAAGGAACCAAAUUCCGGAGUCUGCUCCUCAACAUGUUGCAGAAGGAUUUCACCAUGCGGGAGGAGUUGCAGCAGCGGGAUGUGGAGCGCUGGCUGGGGUUCAUCACCUUCCUCUGCGAAGUCUUCGGCACCAUGAGGAGCAGCACCGGAGAGCCCUUUCGAGUCCUUGUCUGCCCCAUUUAUACCUGCCUCAGGGAGUUGUUGCAAUCUCAGGAUGUGAAGGAAGAUGCUGUGCUUUGCUGCUCCAUGGAGCCGGGGAGGACUGGAGGGGUGGAGGGUGUCUACGAAAGCCAGCACAGUGCUUUAUUGGAGCUGUUGGCGAUAGCACGCGACAAGAUGCUGUGUCCCUCCGAGUCCAUGCUGACACGGUCCCUGCUGCUGGAGGUCAUCGAGCUGCACGCCAACAACUGGAACCCCCUGACGCCCACCAUCACGCAGUACUACAACAAGACCAUCCAAAAACUGACAGCUUGAGGGGCAGGGCAAGAUGGGGUGGGAAGGGACGAGAAGAAGACAUGCACCUUGACGGGAUCCGGCAAGAGCUUUUCCAAUUUAAAUCCUUCAACAGACCAAACCCCAGCAUGCUCGAGAAUAUGUUCGUGGGGUGGGGAGGGAGAAGCAUGUUUCUUUUUCAGCCGCGUCGCCAAGUGCCACCCCUCUUCCCCCGCCGUGGUUUUGUUUUAGGGGUUUCUUUUUCUGAACUCAUUGCUCAAGCAGCAGCAACGCAUCCCGCCGGGUUAUUGUUUGGCUUUCGAAAGAAGACAGAGAAUUUGGGGAGAAAAAAAAAAAAAAGAAUCCAAGUGGGGGCUAGUAUUGUUUUCACGCCGUCCUCCUGCCUUGCCCCGGCCAACUGGCAGGAGACAGCAGGCAGCAGAUGUCUUGGGAGGACAAAGCCAGACACACACUA